AGGUUAAUGGUCUCCCCCAGUGAUCCUUUCUGGCAAUAUGAUUUUGAUGAUGCUUAUUUUAACUCCGACGAUGAUGACAUGGACAGUGGUGGUUGUGGUGAUGACAUGGACACUAGUUUGAGUGAUGACGACAUGGAUAUAAGUGAUUGUGACGAUGACAUGACCACUGGUGCAGACACAGACUCGGAGUAUGACAGCAAGGAGGAGGAGUUUUGGUUUGUAUUUCCACUUAUUAGCGAUAUGGUGGCAUAUUUCCAACGGCAUUACGACAAGCGCCCACAACGUACUAGCAUUUUGAGUGGAAGCGAUUAUAUGGCUGAAGUGAGAGAUGGCAAUCCUACCAAUUGCCAUGAGAUGUUCCGCAUGACACUAGAUCUAUUCUAUCACUUGGUUGAGGAGCUGAAACAUUAUGGGUACUUGAAGGAAGGGAAGGGGCGUGUUGACGUGCAGGAGGCAGUGGCCAUAUUCUUGUACACUGUUGGGCAUAAUACUCGGAUGCGGCCUGUGGCAGACAGAUUUCAGCAUUCCACUGAAACUGUGGAUCGCAAGUUCCGUAGGGUGUUGCGAGCUAUCCACACAUGGGGCCAACAUUUAAUCAAGCCGGAUCCGAAUGUGGUAGGCCUUCCAGAGCAUUUGCGGGGGAACAAUAAGUAUGACCCUUGGUUUGAGAGAAGCAUAGGAGCUAUUGACGGAACACAUGUUAGUUCUCGGCCUUCAGCGAUAAGACUCCAGACUCAUAGGAGUCGCAAGAGCACUGUUACAACCAACGUCAUGUGUGCAUGUGACCAUGACAUGCGGUUUACAUAUGUCCAUGGUGGUUGGGAGGGAAGCGCCAACGACUCCAGGGUGUUUGAAGAAGCUAUUAAAGACCCAAAGCAUGGCUUCCCAUGGCCACCGGAAGGUUCCUAUUACUUGGUUGAUUCGGGGUAUCCCAUUGGUGCAUCAUUCCUUCCACCACAUAAGGCCACCCGAUAUCAUGCUCAAGAAUUCAGGAGGAGGAGUACUAGGCAACCAAAAUCGGGGAAAGAAUUGUUUAAUUAUAGACAUUCUUCAUUGCGUAUGGUGAUUGAGAGGUGUUUUGGAGUCUUGAAGGCUCGCUUUCCCAUCUUAAGCAACAUGGCGAAGUAUAAGCAAUAUCGUCAGCGUUUAGUUGUUUCUGCGUGUUGUGCGUUACAUAAUUUCAUACGCAUCAAUAAUCGAAGGGAUGUUCUGUUUAACACGUGGGAGAACCUUGGUAGGGAUGAUAUGCAAACCGAAAACAAUGGGAACUCUCCUGAGUCAAGUGCAAGUGUCGAAAGAAGACAUGUGACGGAGAUGUCUAUUGCAUCGAAGAGAGCAAUGGGUGAAUUCAGGGAUGAUAUAACUAACCGUAUGUGGGAGGAGUACGUGCGACGUCGACGUUAAUGGUUGGCAUGUCUAAGGAUUCACCCUUUUUGUUGGGACUUGUAUAGAGCUAAUACCCAGUCCCAUGACAUUUUGUUAGGACUUUUGUAUAAGUCUAGGUACCGUGACUAGAAGUCACUUAGCAUGACACGUGAUGCACCAUUUUGGACAUUAUGAUGCAUUUUUGUUGUAAUUAAGAUUAACUGUACACAUGCUUACAUGUAAUGGCUAAUGUCAAUAAUGUAUUGACAUUUCUGAUGUAAUUCUUUUUGGUGUCUUUAAAGUAAGUGUAUGU